UGCAAUACGACGUAAUUGCCACUCACUUGAAGCAAUGAAAAAUGCUGUUAUGGCUACUUUUUAUCAUUUACAAUCAACUGACCAGAAGCCGCAACAUGACUUGUGUCCGACAGGAAAAGAUUCUUGGUGUAAAUGGCAAAAAGCAAAAGCUUUAAAUAAACUAGACAGUUUUCACCAUGCACCCGCGCUUCAUCCAGAUGUUGUAAAAGCUAUCGAGCCAAUAUACACGAAUUUAUCUUUAGACGAACUUUUAGAAAAAUGCGUGGGAGGUUUUACACAGAACAAUAACGAGAGCUUUAAUAACGUCCUUUGGCGCAUAGCACCCAAAAUCACCCACAGCGGCUGCUGUAUUAUGAGAAUUGCUUCUUACAUAGCAGCCUGUACAUUUAAUGCAGGAAGCAAAUCAUAUCUGCAAGUCAUGGAAUACUUGGGUAUUAAAGUUGGACCAAAUGCCAAUAAUUACUGUGAGGAGGCAGAUGAAAAUCGUCUUCAUCAGGCCGAGAUCCAAGCCGCGAAUGCAACACGGGAAGGGAGAAUUCGUCGUAAACAAUUGCGAGCAGCUGAUGCUGAGAACCUGCUUGAAAUUGAAGGACUUUUAUAUGGUCCCGGAAUCGCCGACUAAAGAUGACGUGACAACCCAAAAUGGUGAACACCGAAAAAAAACGGGGCUUACGCUGACGCCAAUAAACUAUAUUUAUUGUUAAUAAAUUUUAAUUAAAAAAUUCACAAACGUAUUUGUUUAGGAUUAAGGUAA